GGCUCUCAUCUUCUCGAAAACCAGAAAAAUAGUUGUCAAUAAACAAUAUGGCAGUACACGGUUUGAUUUUGUCUUUGUUACAUCGUUAAAUUUUAUGGUUUAGUGAGGGGGUUUUAGAUGAUUAGUUUAUAAACUAUGGCAAGCCAUUUCUGUACGCAUCUUGAAAAGUCUUUAAUAAAAGAUGUUACAACUUUGUUAUGGGGAACUUCACUUAAAGGCGAUGUUUUCUCUCGUUGGGCUCAAGGUGGGUUUUUAUUAAUAAUUUAUUAAUUUAUUAGUAUUGAUAAUUUUAGUAAUUUUAAAAAUCAAGAUUUGUAGGAUAGAUAUCAAUACGUGAAGGCUGGCUAAGGGGUCGUUCCCAAAUUACAUCACGCAAGAAAAGACCUUUUCAGACCCCCCUCCCCCGUCACAAAGUAUCACUAAUUCUUAAGACCCCCCCUCCCACUCCCAGUGUCACAUCACACCUAAAUUUAAAUAGUUCAAAACAUACAUAAAAUUUGGAUCAUUAAACUUAAAUUUUAUUCUUUAAAAUUUUCCCAUAAUGGAUUAAGAUGUAGUAAAGCAAAACAACAGAGUCACCCCUGAGCCGAAUGUAAAAUGGCCACAACAGUGACAACAGUUUUUGUAUAAUUUUUUUAUUGCGCAUAAGGUAGGCACUUGAAUACAAAAUUUUUAAAAAUUGAAAUAAUUUUUUUAAUAACACAGUUAGUUAGAGCAAAUUUCAAAUAAAAAAAAUGAAACCAGAAUCAACAUUUUAGCUUAAGUACUUUUUGAGCUACAAAUUUUUAAAGUGUGAGUUCGUUUGGUAUUUUUUACUAUGGAUGAAACCUCCACAUCUUGUGACCUCAUUCCGCUGAUCGCGUCAUGCGCAAUGACUAUAGACUUUAUAUAAGGCAACGCAUCGCCUUAUCACUAAAAUACUGUUUAGUUUAAACUUUCAACUUCGACACAUGAAUAAUUAAUUAAAGCUUUCCCUGACCAAUGGUAUAGUAGUUUUUGCACACGGCAAACUCUUAUGAAUGAAACUCUGAGGUAGUACUACGAUACAGCCAUUAUGCAAGUGGCCGUGAAUGGUUGCCAAUGACAACGUGUUGCACACAGUAAAUUCUGAUCAUUUAUAAUAUGGAUUCUGCCGGGUUGUUAAAGCUCAAAUUAAAACAUUCCAGUUUAAAUGUCUUCAAAAUGCAUUCUGAAACACAAGUUAUCAAAUAUUUUGAUGUAAAUAGUGGUAAUAAAUUAAUAUUUCCUAAGUAUCGGCAACUUCCGCCAUUAAAAAGGGGGCGUUGCCCACCCCAUGGCGAAAUUAGGUUUAGCGAACUGCAUGACCUGCUGCAAACGCGUAGAAACAUGGAGUCUCUCGUAAGACACUUAUCGCUGUGAAAAUUGGCAUACAUGUAGAUCAAUACAUUCCCCAGAUGCAAAAAAAUUUGGUAGUAACAAAUUUUUUCCUUCGACUUAAUUUUAAUGAUGAAAGUUGCCUUAUAUUUACCAAGGAUUUUCUCAAAGCUGACUGAUUGUAAAUGAAAAAGAAAUUGAUUAAAAUGUAGGCCAAGAUGUCUACCUAAUUAUAAGGCCGAAAACGGAACUCAAAUAUAUAUCGAAAGUACUAAUUUAAUAAUAAAUAGACACACACAUCGGAAAAUUAAAAACUCAGAUUUUUCGGCGCCGAUUUCUAUUUCCGAUACACAAAAAGUAGUAGUCUCCCUUGUUUCAUUAAAGUAUCAAGCAUAAGGUGUGCACAACUGAGUUUCAUGGUACUUGUAAUAUUUGAGGCAAUUUCGACCUCAAAUUAAUGUUUUUGAAAUUAAUUGAAUAAAGUUUUUUCAAAAUUAGAUAAUUUUAGAUUUAAAAAAAAAAUAUUUUUAAAUUUGUGAUUUCCUGUCACAAAGUGUCACAAAUUAUCGACACCCCUCAGCGUGACAUAAUUUGGGAACGAUCCCUAAGUGGCUAGAUCAUACUUUAGCAUCAUAGAUUCAGUUCAAAUGAAAGAGCUCGCUUGACCAUUGCCCAAUUAUUAAACUUGUUUGUGUAUCCUUAUAUUUUAAAGUUAUAUUUCAGAAAUUUAUGUCUAUUCAGUUCUAUUACUACUACUCUACUACUACUACUGCUAGUAAAUAAGAGUACCAUUCAGACUGAAUUUCAGUACCAUAUGUAAAAAUUGAAAUGGUAACUCUGUUUAAAAUAAAUUGAAUAAAUAAAUGAAUUAGAAUGUUUCUUUUCUUUUAGGAUUUGUAUUUAGUGAACACACUUCUACCGCUCUAGUGCAGUUUGAGGGAGGUCCAUGCGCUGUGAUUGCUUCAGUUCAAGCCUUCAUAGUAAAAUGUGGUCUUUUCAAAGAAGGAAGCUGUAACAUGGAAACCUUUAAAUCAAGCACAAGUAAGUCCAUUAUGCUAGGCCUAUACUGAUACCAUAUUAUUAUAUAUCUAGUAUCAGUAUUUUUAUAAACAAUUAUUUAAUAUCAUCAUUGUCAUUAUUUUUUCCAUAAUGAGAAUUACAAUUCCUAAAUUUCAAAAUGUGUGGGCGUGGGUUUUUUCAUAGAAUUUUUAAUUGUUCUAAGUAAAUCUUUAGAAAAGUAAGUUAAUCAUGUUUCCUGCAACAUAGUAAUAACUUCAGUCUCUUUGUUCACUUAAUUUCUCUUAUUGACAUUGCUCAGGUGAAAGAGCAAACCAUUUACUUUUGGAGGCACUCUUUGAAAUAUUAACACAGACGAAUUCAACACAAUAUGUUUUAGUUGGUCUAGAUAGAAAUUUAGCAUCGUCUAAUCAAUUGAAAGCACCAGCACAUCAGAAAUUGGUUGAAGGUGGUGAAGCCAGCACACCUCAUAUUGAAGACCAGGUUCUUCACAAUAAUUUAGAACCUUUACCUCAUCCAGAGUUAUUCCAUGCCAACUUAAGGUACCGGUAUUUAAUUUAAUUUUUUGGUACUGUAAGCUCAUUGCUUUCUAUAAGUAAUGUAUAAAUUUACCUCAUGAAUUACAAUGAUUAAAUUUUGUGACCACAGAAUUUCAUCUGCACAUAGUAGUAAAUAGCUCAAAUUAUAAAACAUAUUAUGUAUUUGUUAUUUGGUGUUUUCUGUCACAAGCAGUUUAAAUUAAUGUAAGAGAUAUUCUAUUUAAUAUUAUUACUUUGAUACAUUUCUUUUCGGAUUCUGAUAAUUGUAUAACAGUUUAAAAUAUUGAUGUGUUUAAUAAUUAGUUUUUUUAAACCAUCAUUUUAUAUACCGGGUAUCCUCUGUUUAUAUUAAAUAUUUUUUUAAAUAUUAGAUAUGAAAAUGAUUAAGUGUUAAUCUGAAAAUAUCUAUAGUAAUUGGCCUCAUUUUCCAUUUUGAAGAUUGAUCUUUAUCUAUCUUAUUUGACCACUUAAUUGGUUUUUGGAUAUUAAAAAAUGCUAACCACAUGUUAGAUGCUUUUUUAAAUAUAAUAUUGAUGUGUUAAAUGAUUUUAAUUAAUGCUUACUAAAUCAAAUAUGGGAAGUUUUAGAUGUCUUUAAAAAAUUCUUUUUUUACACAAAUCAGUAGUGUUUUAAUGACAUAAUAAAUUAUUGGUGGCCACUCCAACAGUGUAGCAAGGCUGAUAAAUUGAGAAUUUUAAUGGUCAUUUGUGCAACCCUAAUUGUUUUAUGAACAAUUAUACUGUGAUAUGAAUUGUUUUAGGUGUUUCCGCUGCAAUGAAAUUGCAGACUUACAAGUUGCUCUGAAGAAAUCUCUACAAGAAUUUCAAUCCAGUUUUGGUGUUUUACUGUAUCUUUACUCUUUAUUACUCACAAAGGUUGGUAUUGGGUAUAAUCUAGCUUCUAAGGAUAGUCAGAUUUAUUUUGACAAUUACCGUUGUUUAGGUUUACAAUUUUUAAAAUAAAAUAAUUACUAAAUUUUAAAAAAAGUAUAAUUUAAAAAUAUAAACUGUUUGCUUAUAAUUUAAAAUAAUUUUAAGUAAACAGUGUGAAAAUGGUUCUCAAACUUGCUUCAUAGGCCAUUAAAAAGGGAAUAAACACUAUAUCAUGUUAUAUGUAACUUACAAUACAUAAAUUAUUAAACAAUGUUUGCUAUAUGGCUGUAAAAUAAUGUUCGUUGCAUAGGGCUAGUUUUUGAUUGUGAUGAGGCACUGAUUGCUUUGUAUUUUCCAAAAAAUAGAAGUACUUUUCAAAAUAUAAUAUUAUUACUUGACUGCCAUUGCGAACUUACUAAUAUUAUGUCAAUUUGAUGUUGCUAUAAGCAACAGUUGGAAAAUCUUGUCAGAACAGUUUCUUCAUUACAUAGAUAUAUUUCUAAUUUAAAGUUUUUUCUACAGUUCUACAUUCAAUUAUAAAUGUGCCAUACAAAACCAUGUGAUCAUGCUCAGUAUUACCUUAUAUUAUAUUGAUUUUUAUCAAGAGAGUUCUUUUUCUACAUCCUCAAUAAGUAAAACACAUUUUUCUUUAUUUUUACUCCAAAUUUGUAGGCAUUAAUUUUAAAUUUCUGUUGAUGCAGGGUGUUCAACAAAUAAAAAAUGAAGUUGAGGAUCCUUCAGAGCCCUUGAUUGAUGGGGUUUAUGGACAUGGAAGGUUAGUAAAAUUCAAUAAUUGCAUCUCAGUAUCGGUAUCACACAAUCAAAAUAAUUGAUCAAAAUAACUAAAGGCUCAUAACAAUAAUGAUUCAUCUUACAUAAUAGAACCAAAAACUUGAGGAACAACUUAUACAAAUGUGACAAUAAUAACAAUAUUUUUGUGUGUUUUAUUCCCACUCCCCUGGGUUAAUAAAACCAAUAAAUUUGCAUUAUUCUGUUGUUAUUUAUAAGAUAAAAAUGGGUUGAAUGCAAAAAGGAUUUAUUUUUUCCUCUUUUAAAAAAUUUAAUGUCAUUAUUGCUUUAUGUAACGGACAAUGUUUUCACAUGAAAACAGAGAGGUAGCAUGAGUGAACAAUGAAUGGUGUUGACCAUGUUUUUGUCCACGAGGACAAUGAAUUGUAUUUUGAGAUACAAAUGUGAGCUCCACGUUUUUGGAGAGUAAAAUUAUGUUUUUGUCAGAGCGGUUGUUUUGCACGCUUUGCUGGUAAUAAAGUAUGAGUUGACUGAGAUAGUAGAGAGCUGAGCGCAGAGCAGUAGAGUCAGUAGCGUGAGAGCUGUGUGAUUAGACAGUUGACAGUUUAGUGUGAGGACGUGUCUUUCUUAAUGAUGGAAUACUAUAGAUAUAUAUGUGAAAUUACAUUCAUGCAAGGAUUAUUUAUUAAUAUUAUCAAUAUAAAGUGUGUUCAAUAAAGUACUGUAAGUUUAACCAGGAUUCAGUAUUCUUAUUUGCGUGCCCGGAUUAUAAGUGGAAGAAUGAAGAAGCCUUAGUCGGCAUCCUGAAAUAUCAACAUAACAUAAGUAACCAUACUACUGACAUAACCCACAGCAUAAGAAAUAAGCUCCCACGCCAUGUCAGAGUAGGUGUGUUACAAAUGGUGUCAGAAGCGGUGUAACGACGAUGCGUUACAAAUAUUGUAAAGAAGUGUCAGAAAUGUGUUACAGAACAUUGAGUAACAAUGAUAUAUUUUAAAAUUCGAGCGGAAGAAUACAGCGAACGACAUUACGACCGUGUAUCAAUCAAGUCCGAGACGAGUUCACUACACACAGAGUUAGCCGAUAAUUGAGGUCAGUCACGGGAGUUCAGAGUUCAGUCAACUGGUACACGGCAACUAGCAGCAUAAGGAAAAUUUUCAAGUUAUUUACAACUGUAGCAAAGAUUUACUGUAAGCCUACAUAUUACAAGACCAACAGAAGUAGAAGUCUGACGUUAUUACAGAUGAGAUGUGUGUAUCAAGACAUCGAAAGUAAGAUUUCCCCAGCAUAAUCUUCACUUUAUACAAGCCGCACAAAGCCUAGUGCGCAUUUCAAGUAAAGUAAUUCUUUAAUUACUCACAAGUUCAACUGAAUCGGAGAAAAAGUACACUGACACUAUUUUCAAUUGGAUUAUUACACUAUUACUUCUAUUACGCAAGGUACUUGCAUUGGAUUAUUGAAGCAGUUUGUGUUGUAACUUUUUCAUUGGAUUAUAUAACUUUUGCAUUGGAGUAUUUACCCAAGUACACUUUCUACAUAGAAGGAUUAUCGACUACACAGAGAUCAUAGCGUCACAGAGGAGCAGAGGUGACCAACUACAGAUUUCUUUUAAACACUUGGUAUUUAUGUAUUUAUGUGUUAUGUAUUAUAUAUAAUUUAAGACUUUAAAAAUCUACUUAUAUCAUACUUAAUUAGAUUAAGUAAAUUUUUUUACUUUUUCUGUAUAUUAUAAGUUUAAUUUUAGAGUAUACUUUAGGAAUAUCCACGGUGUUAUCUUUCCUAGGGAAGUUUUUUUAUUAAAACAGUAAAGGUUUCUUCUGGCCCUAUUUAUAACACUGUAGGAUAAUUUUAUGUUAGCUGUGAAGUCUAGUUUGUACAUUGUCAUAACUGUUGUUUUUUAGUAGAUCUUGUCAUAUUUGUGCUAUUUGUCUUGUCAUUGUUAUACAUAUUGUCAACCUACUGUCAUAUUUUCUACUAUCUUGUGGUCCAUAAACUAAACAGUACUUUUGUAUUUGUUGUCUCAUUUGUAUUCAUGUAAACGUCUACAUAUCUGUAUUUAUGUUGUGAAGUAGACAAUUUAAUUAUUUUAAAUUUUUCUUACACUUAUUUAUAACUUAUAAUUCAUGUAUCAACUUGCAUUUGUGUAUACAUUCAUUAACAUGUAAAUAUAUGUAAUAUUGUAAACUAUUUUAAUUAAUAACUAAAGAAUAAGGAGAUAACUGAUAUACUGAUACAUACCAAUAUAAUUUUAGUUACUCACAUUAUAACUAAAAAUGGCAGAGUACUUAGAAUUAUUAGAAGUAGGUGAGAAGCUUGGCUUGAAGCAGGAGAAAUUAGCUGACUUCGUAACUCGAGAAAUGGACAAACUUAGGGAAAAACAAGACAAAGACAAAGACCGAGAAGCUAGACUGUUAGAGAGAAGCGACCUUAAACAAAUAGAAGAAAUGAAAUUAAAAGGACAAAAAGAAAUUGAAGAACUUAAAUUAAGAGAGGAAGAAAUAAAACUAGAAAGAGCUAGAAUAGAAUCAGGACAGCAUACACCAUCAACAAGCAAUAGAGAAACCAAUAGCACAUACAAACCUAAAUUUAGAGAAUUUAAUGAACAUAAAGAAGAAAUUAUUAGUUAUCUAUCACAAUUUGAGGGCAUCUGUCAGUCUUACAAUUAUAGAGAAGAGACUUGGGCUAAUAUUUUAUUGAGCAGACUAUCAGGGAAAAGCCUAAGUAUUAUUAAUUCACUCAGUGAAGAACAAAAGAAUAAUUAUACCUAUAUAAAGAAAGUUUUGUUAAAGUUCUAUGGAAACACAGAAGACAUUUAUAGAAAAAAUUUCCAUAACAUAAGACUAGAGAGAGAAGUAGAUCCUAACACCACCAUAUUCAAUAUUAGAGACAAUCUUGUCAAAUGGCUUGAAUUAACUGAAAUUGACCUAAAUGAUCCAAAAGCAUUACUGGAUAUGUUUAUCAUAGACAAAAUAUUAAGAAAUGCAUCAGUCUCUUUAUUUUCAUUCCUUAAAGAGAGAAAGAUUAAAAAUGAGCGUGAGUUAGUUGACUCAAUCACAACAUUUAAAGAUGCUCACCCCAAUGAAGAGCUAGACAAUAGAAACAGCACACUAGCCUCUAUUAGAAACACACCCAGUGAUAGGGACAGUCAAAAACAAAACACAUAUCAAAACAGAAGAUACCACAGCCUACCUGCCAGAUGGCAAAACAAUAAAUUUCAGAAAAGUCAUCAAAACAAUUACCAGACACCAUAUACUAAUUAUUCAAACAACAACAAAUGUUUCUACUGUGGCAUUCCAGGUCACAAAAAAUAUGAGUGUAGGAAAUUACAUAGAGAUUUAGGACAUUCACAACAAUACUAUCAGAGAACAUCACCCAACAGUAGUCCAAUUAGAUACAACAGUGCAAAUAGGAGUAGACAACCAUAUAAAAAUCAAAGAUAUAAUUCCAAUCAGACUAACAGUAGACAAAACACCAAACCACAUGAAACUUUAGCUAGCGCAUGUCACAGUGAAGGAAGUUUACAAUUUUUUCCUUCUUAUGUAAACAACCAGCUUGUUCAGUGUCUAAGAGACACAGGUUGUACAACAAUAGUAGUUGACAAAAAAUUGAUUGAUCCUAAAGACCAUAUAUCUGAAAAAACCACAGUCAUGUUAGCAAAUAACACAAAAGUUGAAUGUUAUAAAGCAGUAGUGGACAUAGACUGUCCAUGGUUGACAGGAAAGGUAACGGCAGUACUUAUGGACAACCCAGUAUGUCAGUUAAUAAUUGGAAAUAUUAAAGAAAUUCCAGAUAAUUCCCAAGAACUAUUCUUAAAUUGGAUUGAAUCAAAAAAUUUAACCAAAGAGUAUAUAAGUGCAAUAACAAGACAACAACAUAAAACCAGUCAGACACAGCCUGAAAUAGAAGAAAAAUUAGACAUUCCAAAACAAAUAUCUAGAGAGGACAUAAUUAGAAUGCAGACAGAAGAUAGGCAAAUUCAGGACAUUAGAAACAAAAUUAAGGACAAUAACACAAUUUAUAGAGGACAUAAUUACACAAUAAAACACAAUAUUCUAAUCAGAAAUUUUGAGAAAGGUGAAAUCAAAAAAUCUCAAAUAGUAGUACCAGUAAUACUCAGAAACAAAAUACUCAACCAUGCACAUGACAGUCCUUUGGCUGGACACAUGGGUAUAAAAAAAACAUUAGAGAGGGUCACACAGAAUUUUUAUUGGCCAGGCAUACACAAGGACAUAAAGAAACACAUAAACAAAUGCAUACCAUGUCUGACAAAAAACCCAAUACACAGUAAACACAGAGCACCCAUACAACCCACAGACAAAAUAGGUAGAAACUUUGAGAAGGUAGCUAUAGAUAUCAUUGGUCCUCUUAAUCCACCAUCAAAUAAGGGACACAAAUUUAUUUUAACCAUGAUUGAUAUGGCAUCUAGAUGGCCAGAGGCAAUUCCCCUCAAAAACAUUAAUUCAGAAACAAUUUGCAUGGCAUUAUUAGAUGUAUUUACAAGACAUGGGUUCCCUGAUAAAAUAUUGUCAGAUAAUGGAACACAGUUUACUUCCAACUUAACCAAUGCAGUUACAAAAAUGCUAGGUAUAAUACAAGUACAUUCCACAAUAUAUAGACCACAGGCUAAUGGUAUGGUAGAACGAUGGAACAAAACACUAAAAACAAUGUUAAAUAAAACAACAAUAGACCACCCUAGAGAAUGGCACCUAUAUAUACCCAUGGUUUUAUUCGCCUAUAGAGAGAGUAUACAAGACACCACUGGGUACUCUCCAUUUGAGCUAAUGUUUGGGGCCAAUCCAAAGGGACCGUUAACUCUUUUUAAAGAAAAUAUUUUAGGCCAGAAAGGCACACAACAAGACACAUUUGACAUAAUUACAAAAAUUAGAGAGAGGAUUACAUAUGGCAUAGAAAAUGCUAAAGAAAACACUGAUAGGGAGUCUAAAAGACAAAGACAUAUAAAGAAUACACAUAGAUACCUCAGAGAUCUUAAAGUACAUGAUAAAGUUUUGGUAUGGUUGCCAAACAAUAAUGGACAAAAGAUUUGGCAGGGUCCGUUUACAAUUCAUGACAAGUUAAAUUUAGUUGAUUAUGUAAUUCACAUGAAGGGUGAAUUGAAAGUCCUACAUGUGGACUUGCUCAGAAAAUAUGACUCUGUUCCUGAAGAGUUAGAAACCAUCAGUAAUGAAAUAAGUAGCACAGCCACCGUUGCUAGUGUUAUACAAUUAGAAGACAAUGAAAAUAACACCACAACAAACAGACACUUAACAACAAUUCUAAAAGAAUACAAAGAUGUCAUCACAGAGAACAUAGGACACACUAGCAGUUUAGAACACAAGAUAAUAUUAACACAGGAACCCACAUUCAAACACAAAAUCUAUCCAAUUCCAUAUGCAUUUAGGGAAGAAGUAAAGAAAGAACUAAAUCAUUUAAUACAGACUAACAAGAUUAAAAGAUCAGAUUCACCAAUAGCAUCACCCAUGGUAGUAGUAAAAAAGAAAAAUGGCCAGUGCCGUAUAUGUUGUGACUAUAGGGAGUUAAAUAAAAUCACACAAUUAGAUGCAGAACCCAUGAGGGACACCAGAGAACUACUGGAAGAAAUAGGCUCCUCCACAUUAUUCACCCACUUAGAUUUAAACAGAGGAUUCUGGCAAAUAGGCAUGCAUCCGGAUUCCAUGCCUUUGACUGCAUUUGCCACAGAGGAAGGCUUGUUCGAAUGGACAGUAAUGCCAUUUGGUCUAGUUAAUUCCACCGCAACAUUUUCUCGAUUCAUGCGAAUCAUGUUAGAAGGCAUACCAAAUGUAGUACAUUUUGUCGAUGAUAUCUGCAUUCACACUAAGGAUAUGAAGACACAUAUAGAGACUAUAAAAACAGUACUAAACAAAUUAAGAGCACAUGGAGUUACAAUAGCACCAAACAAAUUAAAGUUUGCACAAGAGGACAUUGAAUUUUUAGGAUUUAAAGUCGGUAAGAACACAAUUCAGCCCACAGAACACAACAGAGGAAAAAUACUAAAUAUAAAAACACCACACACUCAGAAAGAAGUAAAAGCCAUUUUAGGUUUGUGCAAUUUUUACAGCACUUUUGUUCCAAAAUUUUCUGAUGUUACACUACCCUUAAGGAAACUAAUAAAUAAAGAUAGCAAGAAACAAAUAGUAUGGACGGAUGAAUGCGAAAAUACACUGAGAACAAUCAAAGAAAUUUUCCAAAGUGACAACAUAUUGUUAUCACCCAAUUUUAAACAGUCUUUCACUCUAGUUACAGACGCCUCCAACAUUGGAUUAGGAGCUUGCCUUAUGCAAGAAUACAAUCAUAAAUUAAGACCAAUUACCUAUUUAAGUAGAGCACUAAGCAGAACUGAAAUUAACUACUCAACUAUUGAAAAAGAAUGCUUAGCAAUUGUGUGGGCACUUACCAAACUACAGAAAUAUCUAUUAGGCAGAAAAUUUACAUUAUUGACUGAUCACAAGCCAUUAAUGGCACUAAAUAGAAAGAAAAUAGCAAAUAGUAAAAUAAACAGAUGGUCGUUGAUACUAUUAGAUUAUCAGUAUGAGAUAAGGACAAUAAAAGGAAAAGACAAUACAGUAGCUGAUUUCCUUUCCAGACACAUUGAACAUGCAGACAAUGACAAAGACACUGACUUAAGACACAUUAGUCAGACAUUCUAAAUGAAUAUACACACAUACGUUCACUCAGUUUUUUGAUAAGACACUUGUACAUAUCAAUUUUUGUAAAUGAAUAUCAGAUUUUAACCAAUUGUAAAUUUUCUAAUGCAAAAUUUAAGAUUGUUACAUUCAUUUUGCAGUGUUUAUUAUUCAUUAAGAUGUUAAUGUCACUUCACAUUAUCAUACAUAAAGAUUUUAAGAGGUUGUCAUUGGUGAUUUUUUAAUUUUUUGCCAGGGUAAAUUAUUCACUAUUAAGUGUGAUAUUAACAGUAAAAGACUCUGUAUUUCAUAAUGAUGAAAUGUUAAUGUUGUUACACUGAUUUGAUUGUUAGAUGUGGGAUUGAAAAUUUCUAAGAGACAUUAUCAUUAUUUCAGCAUAUUAUUUUGUGCCAAAAAUUUUGUUGCACAAAAUUUUUUCAGAUGGGUGGGGCAUGUAACGGACUAUGUUUUCACAUGAAAACAGAGAGGUAGCAUGAGUGAACAGUGAGUUGUGUUGACCAUGUAUUUUGAGAUGCAAAUGUGAACUCCACGUUUUUGGAGAGUAAAAUUAUGUUUUUGUCAGAGCGGUUGUUUUGCACGCUUUGCUGGUAAUAAAGUAUGAGUUGACUGAGAUAGUAGAGAGCUGAGCGCAGAGCAGUAGAGUCAGUAGCGUGAGAGCUGUGUGAUUAGACAGUUGACAGUUUAGUGUGAGGACGUGUCUUUCUUAAUGAUGGAAUACUAUAGAUAUAUAUGUGAAAUUACAUUCAUGCAAGGAUUAUUUAUUAAUAUUAUCAAUAUAAAGUGUGUUCAAUAAAGUACUGUAAGUUUAACCAGGAUUCAGUAUUCUUAUUUGCGUGCCCGGAUUAUAAGUGGAAGAAUGAAGAAGCCUUAGUCGGCAUCCUGAAAUAUCAACAUAACAUAAGUAACCAUACUACUGACAUAACCUACAGCAUAAGAAAUAAGAUCCCACGCCAUGUCAGAGUAGGUGUGUUACACUUUAAUUUUUAAAUUUGUUUAGAAGGCUUUAAAACUUGGAUCAUAGUCACAUUAUAUCUAUUGUUUUUACAACACAGUAGUAGUAAUAUUGUUAUGCAUCAUCUGAUAUCCAAUACAGAGGGUUACCGGCUCUUAUAGAUUUUAUGUUAGAGCUGUUACUUCAGUACCCAGUAACUUAAAAACAUUGAACAAAUUUUUAUGAGACACUGAUUGAUUUGUAUUUUCUAUUCACAGUCAGAGUUUAAUAAAUCUAUUGUUAACCUCACAAGCCACUUCCUAUGUGUGGGACAAUGACAAAGAUAUUGCAGGAUUAAGUAUAUCCAUUUUGAUUGAAAAUUUAAUAUAAAAUAUAUUUGCUCUAUUAACUGAAUUCUUAUGGUUGAUUUAAUUAAGUCACUUGACAUUGGUAAAAAAUUAAUUAAAUUAAAAUUCGUUUUUUUUUUGUUGUUAUUGUUUUUUUUGCCAGAGCUCAGGGGUAUAGAAAAGCAAUCAAGUAUUGGUUUCUUGACUCUUUUGGAACAUAUGAGAUAUUGUGAGGUAAGAGACUUAACUUCUGCAUUGUAUUUUGCUUUAAAGAUUUAUGAGAGACCUGAUUAAUAUAUGUACUAAAUAUGGGGGGUUAAAAUCUAUUUAUAUUGUUUGACCAAACUAAACAUGUCAAAUGUUGAAAACAUUAUUAUUAUCCCAAAAAUAUAAAGAGUUAUCAAUUAAUUAAUCCGCAACCUCACCUUUAUCAACUCAACUAAACAUAUACAUUUGAGAUUUUAGAAGUUCUUUUCUUUUUUCUUUUUUUUUUAAUGCACUCUUAAAAUGAAUGUAGUUAAGCCCACACUAAAAAAAGCACAGCUUGUGGAAUGAAGCCGGACUAGUGGAGCCGUAGCAUUGGAGUAAAACUUACUCCUUUAAGAGUGAAAAUGAAAUAGUACAGAAAAAAUAAAAAUGUUAAAGAUUUACUAUUUCAUCAUAUUAAUUGUUUUAUUUAUCAAAUACUCCUGUCCUGUCCUGUUGUUUUUUUUUUUAAAGGAAUAUGCUACAUAACAUAGGUAAAUUUUUACCAAAGAUAGUAAAUGAUUUUAAAAUAGUCACUUUCUGAUAUUUAACUUAUGAUACAUAGUAUAAAUUAAAGUUAUGAUCUCGUGGUUAUUUUGUUAACUUUACAAGUUACAAUCAAGUUUUGUAAUAGUUAAUUAAUGAGAAUUUUUAAAUUUAAUUUCUUAAAGGUGGGAUGGUUUUACAAGAACCCUAAGUAUCCUGUCUGGAUCCUUGGGAGUGAAACACACCUGACUGUGUUGUUUUCUAGUGUAGGUUUGUUUAAUCAUUUAAAUAUUUAUAACUUUCUUUUGUUAAACUUUAUGUUACCAGUAAGUAAAUAAAUGUUUAACUCUAUUAACAGAUUAAGAUGCUGACUUUUUAAAUAUUUUUUUGAAACUGAAGAAACCAUCAUAGAGUUACUUAAGAUAUGCACUGAUAUAAAACAAAUAAUAGACUGCAAUCUAAAUCUCAACAAGAUAUAGAAAAUUGAGCCUUAUGAUCACAUAAUUUAUUUAAAUGAGUCCAUAAUUUUAUAGAGAUUUUUAAAUUAAUCACAUAAAUAUUUUUUAUAGAUUGGUUUAAAAGGGUUAGUUUGAACAAUUUUUAAGGAUUUUUUCAUUCUUCAGACAAGCAUCUGAAAACUAAAAACACAUUUCUCUUUAAGUAUUUUAAUAAAAGAUAAAUUGUUUAUGUAGCCAUCAGACAUUUUGUCAGAUAUAAAAAAUAUCCUUUUUUAAAUGCCAGUUAAAGAAUUAACACUUUACAAAAGGAAGUAUGCAUCUGUCAGUAAUAAGUGUCUAAGAUAAGGCAUUUUUUUAAAAAGAUAACUAGGGAAAAAACGUAUCUUUCAAUCAAAUUGCAAUAAUCAGAGCUACCGGUACAAAUCUAGAUUCGCCACCAUAACCAUUUUAUUUUUAAUUGAAAAAAUAUUAUUUGUGAAAUUAAGAGAUGAGUGAGUUUUUGUUGUUCUUUGUGUCUUAACUGAUCAUUUCCCAUUUGAACUUAUGUUCACUUAAGAUGCACCAUAUUCACUAAGUUCCACCAUAUGAAUUAAAAUUGCAGUAUUUUGUAUAAUUUAGAUAAAUACUGAUCAUCAUUAAUCAUAGCUGACAUGAACAAAUGUGGAAAAAAAUCCCAUCCAGGAUAAAAAUACAUUAAGUGCCCUUUAAAUGUUGCCCUAUCUUACUUUGCCCUGCAGGCAGAGAGCUUAGUGGUGAAAGAUAGUCCAUCUGCUAACGCCAGGCAUGUUUUUUCCCAAUUUGAUCCUGAAGGUAAAAGCAUUACCUCUCAUAAUUUAAUUGUAGCUUUAUGCAAGCAUGCUAAGAAAUAGGUUGUGAAGUUAUUUUACACCUUAUCAUUGUAAACAAAACACAUUUUCUGUUGAUAUUUCAUGUUUUUUUUUCUUAUCAUUUGGAACUUAGUAGGUCAGCUCUUUAUAUUCGGCAGUUGUAGCAUUUAAUCUUUUUAACAUAUCAAGUAUUCAAAAUAUUUAUUCUGUAGCUCGACAGAAGGUUUAGAUCCCUUUAUAUUAAUACCUUUUUAAAGAUGCUGGAAUAUUCAAGUGUUGUCUGUGGUGUAAUGUCUAGGGUAGGUCCCCUCCUAACGGCAACAGAAAACAAUAUCAGUCUUAAAAACUCUGUUUCUUUCUCGCUUCAAAUCAAAGAACUUCAUGAUAUGGUUUUGAUCAAACAAAUAUUCUUUAAUUAUUUACAGAAUCAGUACAAACCAACAUUAAUGGUCUUCACAUAAUAUGAAUGAAAAACUUCGGUCCAUCUUCCCAAAUAUACCCGGCUCAAUAAAAAUUACCCACUCACUUCCUAUCGAAUGUCUUCCUUGUCCCUUAUAACAAAUCUAUCCCCCAUAACAAAAAAUUAUUGCAGCACUGGAAAUGCUUAUAGCGCAUUCAUGACUGAGUCAAAGUGGUGUGAAAUAAAGGGAAGUUCCAAAAAGAAAACAUUAUUGCUCACUAAAAAAAUUAUCAACACAAACACAUACAUAAUCACGCGACCUGACAGUGACACGUCCCCCCUCAUGAGUGACGUUGGGUGAAACCAAAUGUUACGAGUUUAGCAAAUAAUUGCAAUGAAGCAGUGGUACUGGAGUAAAGGAUUUUUUAAAAAUCUUUUUUUGAAUCAGUGGUGGGGGAAUAAAAUAUUUUUGUCAACUAGAUGUGAAGUAGGUAUGAUUCUGUGACAUCAUAAGAUGUCUUUUUUUCUACAGUUGGACUAUCUAUAUUUGUAAUAUUGACUUAAACUGUCAUUGCAGGAAAUGGGUUCAUCUCAUCUUCAAUGCUUGAAGAAGUUAUGAAAGUGUUAGAUUUGGUAGCAGAUAAAGAAUAGUAAGUUCACUCAUAAGUUACAGUACUUGCAAUAACUGACAUAUAGAUUUACCAGUGAUACAUUGCAGUAUCCACUAAUAUGUGAAGAGAAACUCCUUGUAAGAUUUUUAAAAAUAAAAACCAGAUAUUUAAAUUUAUUACUUUUUAAUCGCCAUACUAAUAUGUAUAAAUUACGAGCCCAUUCUUCUUGCAAAAGACAUUUUAUGGUGCUUAUUAUUAAUGUCAUUUUAUUAUAAUAGGAUAGUUUUUGAUGUACAUGUAAAAAUUAGUCAAUAUUUUUAUUUGUCAAAUGUGGCAGCACCUUCAAUAGCAUAAAUAUUUAGGAUGCAUAGUUAUGGACAAUAAUAUAAUCUACAACAUCUUGAUUACUCCGUAUUGAAUUUAUUUUUCUUCUAGUGUUGACAUAAUGAAGGAGAAACUUGAUAGUGAAGAGUUAGGAAUUAUUACACGGAACAGUUUUAUGGAAGAGUUUUUCCCUGAGCAGUCAGUAGAAACUCCGCAGUCUUUCAGUGUGUACCAUUAUAAUGGGCUGCCACAGUCUUGUUCAGGUGGAAAGGUAGGUAAAUGUGCCAGUGAUAUUUUAAAAAGUAAAUAAAAUAUUUUAGCAUGUUACUCAAAGUGCACCCUUGCAUGCCAUAGGGUUGUGUGGGUGAAUUAGAUAUAUUAAUAUUAUUUUGAUCCUCCUCCAUUAAUGGAUACUUAAAUUUGUAAAUGAUUAAAAAUGGUCCAGUAGAUGCAACCUACCAUUUAGUUUCAUUGCUUGUAACAAAGUUGCAAACUGAUUUUUAAAAGAACUGUUUUAUCCAUAAGGGCAAAUUAGCUGAAUUAUUCUGUGCAAGAAAUUUUCAGACAGGUGCUCACUGGUAUUGUUUCACUUAUCCCCUCAUUUAGCAAAAUUAUUUCAAUUUCCUUACAUUUACAUUUCUCUAAAAAAAAAUUUUAAUGCUACUAUUGCUACUGUUAUUUUAUAAAAUUAAAGUAUUAGAAAAAAAAAAAGUAUGUACCAUGACAUUUUCUGUGCAUUAUUCAGGGGUAAAAUUACCAAGAAAUAAUUGUAUAAAUAAUUGUUUUCACUUUUGAUUGUUUUUAAAGGUUUCUUAUGUGGAGGGUAAAGCUGUUUUGGAAGAAGAGGUGGACACUCAAUUCAUUACCGACUCAAGUCCAAUAAAGUUAUGCCUGCAAACAAAAUGGCCAUCUAUUGAAGUAACCUGGACUAGCGGUUCACCACCAUCCCUAAACUAAACUGUGUUUAUAUAUUUUUUUUAAAAGGUGCUUAAAUUCAUUGAAUGUUUCUUAUUUUAACUUAUGAAUUAAGUUCAAAUAUUUGAAUGCUGCAGUGUUAAUUUAAAAACUUUUAUAUGAUUUUAACAUAGUCAAAUAUUUGGAGGCUAUGGGUCACAGUAACCAACUUAUAAGAUACCUUUCAAAAUGUUUUAGACCAUUUUAUAGUAAAGCUGCUAUAUAUGUGUUAGAUGUGCUUAGAAAGCCCAAAAACGGAACAUUCAAUAAAAAAUUUAUUUUGAGAUUUCAGCCUACCGAUUUGUUUCAUUUGCAUGUUACUAUUGGGGCUAGGGGAUUUUAUUGCCAAGUACUCUCUAAUCUAGAUUCAGUUUUUUGUGUGUUGUUCUUGUUCAAUUUCUUAGUUGAGCCUUGGGAAAAUGAAAGUACCGGUUACCAGUCAAUCCCUAACCGUUUUUUUCCUCAGAAUCACUUAAAGUGUCUCAUUUCAUUAAUUAAAGCUUAUAUGCACUGAGCAAUAUUUAUUG